CCGUUAUUGAUGUAGAGCAGACUAAACAAACAUGGCUCUGUAUCAGACAUCAAGCCUUCAUGAUACGUAGAUAAAUGAUCAAUGAGUAAAUAUGCCACGGUUAAUAAGAAAACAAAGCCUCAUAAACGGCGUACAUGAACAGUGUUAGGCUAGUUAGUUCAGCGUCUCCUUUUUGUGACCGUGUUUACUCUUUGCUAACUCUCUGGUUGGCUAAUGUAAGCUAGCAAAGAUGGACCUUGGCACAAUGUUGUACAAAAAUUUAAAAGAUGUCACCUGGAGCUCGACGGCCCUGCCGUUAGAUCACCUGGUCGGUGCGUACAGGCUGCCGCAGAUUGUCAAGCUGGAUGACGGUCAGCUGGUCGAAGGCCUCAGGGACAACGACUACCUCUUGAUUCAUUCCUGCCGUCAGUGGACGACUAUUACCGCUCACAGUCUGGAGGAGGGACAUUACGUCAUCGGGCCCAAAAUAGAGAUUCCAGUUCACUACGAAGGUCAGUUUAAGCUUCUGGAGCAGGACAGAGAUGUGAAGGAGCCGGUGCAGUACUUCAACAGUGUGGAGGAGGUUGCCAAAGCAUUCCCAGAGAGGGUUUACGUCAUGGAGGAAAUAACGUUCAAUGUUAAGAUGGCUUCAGGUGAAUGUAAUGAAGACACUGAAGUUUACAACAUCACUCUGAGCACAGGGGAUGAACUGACACUAAUGGGGCAGGCGGAGAUCCUCUAUGCAAAGACCUCCAAAGAAAAAUCAAGAUUCAACACCAUUUUCAAAAAGAUCGGGAAGCUAAACUCGAUCAGUAGGAUCGGGCGGGGAAAGAUGCCGUGUUUGAUCUGCAUGAACCAUCGCACCAACGAGAGCAUCAGCCUGCCGUUCCAGUGUAAAGGCAGGUUCAGCACGUGCAGUCCGCUGGAGCUCCAGAUGCAGGACGGCGAGCACACCAUCAGGAACAUCGUGGAGAAAACCCGCCUCCCUGUGAACGUCACAGUGCCCGGCAGCCCGCCCCGCAACCAGCACGACCUCCACCUCAUCCGCGAAGGUCACCGCUACAAACUGGUUAACAUUCAGACCAAGACUGUGGUAGUGUGCUGCAUCCUGCGAAGCAACAAAAUCAUCCCCACCCACUUUCCCUUCCACAUGGCCAUGCCCAGGUUCAUUAUUCCAGAGGAGCUGCUGCAGGGCGAGCUGUGGCUGGACACCAUGGUGCACCGCUGGUUCUCCUUCUGCCAGGAGCAGUUCGACAUAGACGACUACUCUCGAGCCGUCAGGGACGUGCGCACGGACUGGAACGACGAGGGUAAGAGCCCCAAGAAGAGCAGCGGUAAUGGAAGCUGCAGUGGAAGCAGCGGAGGGAGCUACACCAACGGCUGUCCCAACCAAAUGCACAUUCCCAGCUCUUUAACCUACGCCCGCGACGAACUCACGCAGUCAUUCCACAGACUCUCUGUGUGCGUGUACGGCAGCAACCUGCACGGGAACAGUGAGGUGAACCUACAGGGCUGCAUGACUCUGUGUGGAGACUGGGCUCCGCUGCCGUCUGACUGCAUAGACUCAGGAGAGAACGAACACUUUUUCCCCGAGCUGUCGGACAGCUCAAACCAACAACGGUCCCUCGACAAGUCUGACGUCCCCUACGAGGAGCUGUGGUUGGAUCACCUGAGAGGGCAGAUCCCUAAACCUUCUUCAAGUGAGGGACUUCGAGGCGUCGACAACGGCUGCUCUUCAACAGCAGCUCUGUCACUCCCGGUCACGUGUCCCGUCAGUGCAGCGACCAGUUCAGAUGUUUCUCUUACUCCACCACCCGUCCCACCCAAGUCCGAGGCUGUGAAGGAAGAAUGCCGUCUAUUGAACGCUCCCCCGAUUCCUCCCCGCAGUUUGAAACAGAUGCCGUCAGUCCCCGUCCUGACGAAGCCUCGGCAGCAGGACACUCGUUCUCCGAGUCCAACCCUCUCCUAUUACUCCUCUGGUCUCCACAACAUUAGUGGAACGAGUGAGCCAGAGGCAGCUGACCCUCAGGAGCAGAGUCCCGUGUGCUACCCCUGUAACUGGGCUACGUCCAGCAGCACUGAACCAAACACUACGCUGUCCAGCGGCAGCCUGCCGUCUGACGGGAAGUCCUCCAGGUUGUCUUGGCCGAAUAACUUCAGCGGAGGAGAAUCCCACGGCGUGGAAGAGUUCCUGCCAGCCAGCUGUCGGAGCUACUACAGCUACCCCAGAAAGAGAACCCCGAGCACCCCGAAGACCUGCACGUCCAGCCUGGUGGACUUUGAUGGCAGAGAGCAUGCACACAGCAGUAAGGACUUCAGGCUGCAGGAAGCCUCUCUCAACCAGUUCUGCACCAAAUCUUCAAGUUACAAUUCAGAGAUGUACAGAGACAAACGGAUAGAAGAGUCAAACACUAAGCAGAGCCGCUCUUGCCCCAUUUUACCUCCCAGGACUCCAAAAUCAAACGCUGUAAAGAAGUGCGCAGAUUUACCGACAGGAUCGAUCUGUGACGGCCCACAGGAGACAUCGACCAGCUCUCCGACUCAGACAGAGCCGGGCACUAAAGAGAUAUUUUCCAUUUCCAACACAUUAACUCUGGACUGCCCGUCCUGGCAGCCCCCGUCCUGUCUGUCGGGUCUGUCCAUCGAAGAGGUUUCUAAAUCUCUGAGGUUUAUCGGCCUGCCAGACGACAUCGUGUCUCUGUUUGUGUCUGAGAAGAUCGACGGGAAUUUACUCCUGCAGCUAACAGAGGAGAUUCUGUCUGAGGACUUCAAGCUGAGCAAACUGCAGGUGAAGAAACUGAUGCAGUUCAUAAACGGGUGGAGGCCCAAGAUCUAACUAAGAGUAUGUGACACUAAACCCUGUGAGGACACAGAGACGGCUAUGCCUUCAGUAUAUAUGCUAAGUAUGCAGACACACACACCAAGACACACAGUUUGUUUUUGUACUACAUGAAUGAUUUCCUGGUUCCUUUAAUGUGUGGGAGACUCGCUCCUGUUUGAAGUCUGUGACUGUGAAUCAUCGGGCACUUUCAUGAAGACGUUUUCAUGUCGGCUUCUUCUUAGUACUUAGUUCACCCAAAGUCUACAAUGUGUUCAUCAACAAACAAGGCGCUUAUUUAAAGUCAAAAAACAUCUGACGCAACAAGGACGAGAAAAAACACUAAAGCCCCGUUUCCACCUAGCAGUCCGGUUCGGUACGGUCCACAUUUAUUGUCGUUUCCACAGUCAAAAGUUGGGAAGGGUACCAAAGUAACUGAUCCGUACUGUCCUACUUUUUUGCUACCUUUCUGUUGGGGUGCUAAGGGUACUGAUCCGUCCCUAAAGGAGCUAGGCACACUGCAGUCUGUUGAUUGGUUGAACUUCCCGUUUGACAGUGGUUAUAAAGGACAAACAUAAAACCCUCCAUGUUUAAAUAUGAAUUUGAAGAGAGUCAUUUCAAGGCUGUUUUUGUUUUUUUGUGACCACUGUCAGCUCGUAGCUCCGCCCCCAUGGACGACCUUGGAGAUGCAGACUUUCAUUGAUUUUUGUUUACUGUAUCAUGUUCUUCUUCUUUGUUGGAUUUAUUGGCGGUCUAAGUGAUGUGUUAGGGUACAGUUGGCUGUGGAAACGCAAGCAAGAUCUGGAUUUACUGAACCAAACUGCUUGGUGGAAACGUGGCUUAAAUACAUUUUAAUGUUAGAAUAUCACAACAUCCUUUAAGUCCUAGACUUUUAAAAGAUCACAAAACAACCAGAGCUGUCUAACGGACUAUGAGCUGUAUGUGGAUGGAUUUAAUAAGCAGAGCUGUAACGUUGUUGUAGUUCAGUCUGAUGUGAAAUAAGGAGGAGUAGCGUGGGGUUAACUCCUGCAGACUUCUCACAGGGUCACUUAUAGAGGAUGUUGCUGCAAGGUCUUUCUAAUCAUCCUUUUCACUCCCUCAGUCUUAAAGUAGGAACCAGCUCGCAGGUUUUAAAACACCUAUAGCGGCUAAGCCUAAACCUUAAAGCCACUGAGGGGCUACAUAGACGGGCUAAUCUAGCCUAUUGAUGGACGCGCUUGCCGGCUUCGCUCCUGAGCGUAAGAAUUCGAAAUAAGACAGUCCAAUAUCUUCUUCGUUUAUAUUUAUUUCUCAUUCCAUCGUUGUCUUGAUUACGGUCACGUGAGCUGUUCAAUAAUCCAGACAUUUCCAUUUCCAUUCACUCCUGUUACCUUGUCAAAAAAGUUUAAUUGCUCCCCGUCUAGCAACACCUGACACCCCAGUGAUAGUUCCUACCUAUAUAUACAUAUAUAUAUAUAUAUAUAUAUAUAUAUAUGUAUAUAUCACCUUAACCUAAAGGCGACACCCGCUGGAACAAUUUGUGUUUGCAUUUCCUAAACAUGGCUCCUACAACACCGUUAAACUCGUCUUCAGGGUGACUCUGACAUCUUUCAACCUGAAGCUCGUUUCGUCCACAUAGUGGGGUUGAAAUGGUUAAUAGGCACAAAAGUUUCAGAAAACACGAGUCAUUCAUUCAGCUGAGUCCUUUAAGGCGACUGUUCCCGAUCAAAGUGCUCAGCGUGUGUCGGGUAAUGGGUAACAUCAUACAAGGUGAACAAAUUAGAGAAGCAACAACAUCAGGGGAGCAGCUUAGCUCAGAGUGGUAGUCGAGUGGUCUCUCACUGAGGACAGCAUGCAAACCUGCGUCACGCCCUGCACACACACACACACACGAGCGUCACUCUGUGUUUCUGGGACACACGUUUAAGUUCUUCUUUGUUUCAGCUUUUCUCCUUAUUUUUGAUCCACAAACUAUUCAACUCUAAAUACACAGAAGCCUCUUAUUAAGAGCUGCAACACCAGGCUGCUGAAAGAGACGGCCUUAAAUAAGGAUAUUUAUUUUUAAUCGCAUAAAUGGCAUGAACGCUCAGCUGACGAGUCCAAAGUAAUAUGAACCUUGUGACAUCAAACAUUUGCCCGUUCCCUUUAGCUCAUUAACGUUUAGAUCUGAAGCCAGUUCAUUCUCCUGUGGUCACGUUAAUGUUGUGACUUUUGAUCCACCAGAAGUUUCUUUCUUUCAAAAUCAAAGUAUUUUUCAUAAAUAAAUAAAGUAACUUAGCCUUUAAUCAUAUAUAUAUAAAAAAAAAGCCUAACAAAAACUGUUUUAGAAAUCAAAUAAUGGAACUACAAACAUGGCGAGUCAUCGUGGUUAAAACAAUAUAAUAUAAAAUCAGAUUUCCUGGUGUCUCGUCUUUGAAGUCCGGUCUGCAUCAGAGAAAUGUUCAUUAACGUAAAGUUAAUCUGUGAGUCUGUGGUGAUGUUCACUAACUUAGAAAAAAGAAAAGGAACAAAGUGAGAUGUGUGAUGAAUCAUUUAAAGGUACAGUCCUUAAAAAUAAAUUAAUAAUAACCAAAAAUAUCAGCAACGGUCUGUACGUCGCUCUGACUCUACAUCCUGUUAGAAUGUGCAAACUCUAAUGAUCAUCGGUGUCUUUGUGUGCAACAUGAUGUCAUUUAAAGAUCUUUCUAUUUGAUGCCUUUUAAUCUGAAUUUAAAUUAACUCUUAGUACAUGUUUUAAAGGAGCAAUAUGUAACUGACACCUAGUGUUUAAAAUGGGUACUGCAGUCUAAAUUGAAAACAUUGUGGAGAGCUGUCUCCCCCCCCUUCUCUGGUCCAAACAAAUCCAGAUCAUUCAGGAGCAGAAUCUAAAGUUAGAAGGAGGACAUACUGACUGCUGCAUUGUUGUCAGAGAAGCCAGCACUUCAACGUAGCAUGUUUCAUUAAUGUCUGAUCAGAUAGUAAGAUACCUUUAUCAUUUACAGAUUGCUCCUUUAGUCUGAAUAUGUCUGACUUGGACUAAAGAGAAUCCCGUCCUAACAUCCAGCAGCAGUAACAGACCAUGACGGUCUCCAGAGAAUACUAAUUAUGCAUCGAGCACUUUGGUGGAUUUCAGACUAAUUAGUGGCGUUGAAGGUUGUUAAAUAUAAAGUUAUUAAAGAGUCUAUAAAAAUGUUUUUAAAGAGGUACUUAUGUUGUUCUCUCUGUUUGUACACUAACUGCUCUAACGCUAAAUGUCUGCGCCUUAAACCCAGAGGCCUUAACGUUUCAGAUAGUUUCCCUUGUGCUCAACAUUUCCCUCCCUGUCUUCAUGAGAAGCUCCUGAUGGGACAGAAUAUUACAAAGUGUUUCCCUGAGAGCUCAAACUCAGAGCCAUCUGUGACAGUGACAUGUUGUGUUUUAUGGUACCAGUCAUUCUUAACUAUGAACUCAGAGUUAUUUAAUUUAUGCAGCCAUGAAACUGUAUAUACUGUAUAAAUAUGCAGCGCAGUAAAUGUGAGAUGUGUGUGAUUCAUGAAGGUGCCUCAGUAACAGCAGCCUCUGUACCAACACACAGGUCUGAUCUGUUCUUCUUUUGUAUUCUUUUGCUCGCUGACACUUCUCGCAGCGGGAUGUUACAUAUUUUUAUUUUGUAUGUAAGUGCAAAUAUAUAAUGUCAUUUUUUUUAAAGAAUGAUUACUAAUGUUGAAAAUAUUUUUAUUGAAAAAAAGCUCAUGUUCAAAUGUACUUCUUGUUAAUCUUGUAAAAUUCAGGUUGUAUUUGGGUUCAUCGCAACGCACGUUCAAACGACACCCAGUCAGCUGGAAGCCACACUCACAUGACAUGCACAGAGACCAAAAAAAAUCGACUUUCUACGCCUCCUGUCCAGAUUGUUCUGCAGUUCUCCAACAUGUCUGUCCCCUAAAGGUCACAUAUUAUGCAACAUUUUCUAACACUAACGUGUCCCUAGUCCGUCUACAAAACCCCCAAUGUUGAGAAAAGUCCAUUAAAAAAAUGAGUGCUCAAACAGGCUGUUUGGAGAUUUUUCCUUCAUGACAUCACAAAGGGCAGUAACCCCUCCCCCAGGUGGGUGUCACUCCCACAGCUAGGUGUUUGUUCUGCCCUCUGAGUGUGCCUUCUCACCGUAAACAAUAGAACAUGGAACGAGAAAGCCCUUCCAGAGAGGGGGCGUGGUCAGACACAGCUCAUUUACAUAUUUAAAGGUACAGACACAGAAACAGCCUGUUCUGAGCAGGGCUGAAAUAGAGGGGUUUAUAGACAUGAUCAAAUACAGGAUCAGAGUGGAUUUAGAACAAGAAACUUCACACACAUGUUUUGAGGAGCUUUGAGACUUAUUUACACUGAAGAAGAGGAGGAGGAUAUGUGACCUUUAACUCUUUAAUAACAUGGUGGUUAAUGUUCUAUGCAAAGUCUCGGCAGAGACCGGAAGAACAAAACAGAGUAUUAUGUUUAAAAUCACAGCAGUGUUUGUUUCAGGGGGAAUCAAAAUGCCAAAGGAUGUGAACCUGAAUACUCCUGAAUAGUCUGUGAACAUGUGACCCUCCGGUCCCCACAGCGGUGAUACUGAAGUGAUGGAAGUGUGUGAACUGUGGACGGAGGCCCGCAUGAAUUAAUGUGGAGGUGAAUAAAGAACUGUGACUCUGGGUUUGAUUACAUUUGAUCAGCAUUUCUGAAAACUGAACUUACUGACGGUUAUGUUUCGACUUCUGUUUUUUUUGAUUGUAUAAUCUAUUAAAAAUGGAUUAACUGA